AUGAGUGAAUUGGAGCAAAGUUUAGCCUUCUCUUCUCCUUCAAGGACUGAGGUUUCUGAUGAUCAGUCAGAGAAAAUUGGUGAGCAGAUUACUGCAGAUUCAGGUGAAGAAGCAGACACUGUUAAGGUGCAAAUGGGAAAGGAAUCAAUCGAUUCUCCUUCAGCUACUGGGAUAUCUCAUGAUUAUCCGCACCAGCAGAUUAUUGCAGAUCCAGAUGAAAAAGCAGACAUACUUAAGGAGAAAAGCAGAGAGAAAUCAUUGGAUUCUUCUUCAGGGAAAAUUAAUGAGCAGAUUAUUGCAGAUGCAGAUGAAGAAGGAAACACAGUUACAGAAAAAAUAGGAAAAGAGUUGUUUGAUUCUCCUUCAGGGACUGAGUUUUCUCAUGAUCGUUCACAGAGAACUAACGAGCAGAUCAUAACUGACUCGGACGAAGAAGCGGGCAUAGUUGAGGAGGAAAUGGCAAGGGAAUUGGCAGACACAGUUAAGGAGCAAAUGGCAAAGGAACUAUUUGAUUCUCUUUCAGGGGUGGAGGUUUCGCAUGAUCAUUCACAGAGAAUUCAUGAGCAGAUUAUUGCAGACUCAGAUGAAGAAGCGGAUGCAAUCAAGGAACAAAUUGGAGGGGAAUUAUUUGAUGCUUCUUCGGGGAGAAUUGAUGGGCAGAUUUUUACAGACUCGGACGAAGAAGGGGACAUGGAUACGGAGCAAAUAGGAAAUGACUUAUUAGAAUCAGAUGCAUUGGCUGCUCUUUUGAAAGCAGCGACUAGCGCUGGUAUGGAUGGAGGCAGAGUUGCACUAACCUCUCCUGAUGGUUCGAGAGUAUUUUCUCUUGAACGUCUUGUAGGUUCAGAUUCCCCGUUUCGCAUUGUGAGACCUGCUCCGCUAUCUGAAGCGGUCGAGGAUGUAGUGAAGAAUGAUUUGAAUGAAGAAGAUAAGAAGGUGAUUGAGAAGAUACAGCAAACCGCUGUGAAGUUCUUGAGGCUUGUCCAGCGACUGGGGCAAUCUCGUGAAGAUUCCAUUGUUGCACAGGUGUUACACAGGCUGGUUGUGGCUGCAAGGGCACAUGUUAAUCAAGAGUUUAGCCUUGAAAAUGCUGAGAAAAUAGCCAUGCAGCUUGAAGCUGAGGGGAAAGAUGAUUUGGACUUCUCUUUGAACAUUUUGGUUCUGGGGAAAACUGGAGUGGGAAAGAGUGCGACCAUUAAUUCUAUUUUUGGCGAGAAGAAAGUCGAGAUCAAUGCCUUUGAACCUGCCACAACUAUGGCAAAGGAAGUUGCUGGAACUGUAGAUGGAGCUAAAAUUAGAAUCAUUGACACACCAGGUCUCAGGUCAUCUGUCAAGGAAGAAGCCAUCAACCAGAAAAUAUUAGCAUCUAUAAAAACCUUAAUAAAGAAGUUUCCUCCAGAUGUUGUCCUCUAUACUGAUCGGCUAGAUACCCACUCAAGAGAUCUCAAUGAUUUGCCAUUGCUAAGAUUGCUUACCAAAUCUCUCACUUCAUCAAUAUGGAAAAAUUCUAUUGUCACUCUGACCCAUGCCAGUUCUCCUCCUCCUGAUGGACCAUCUGGGUCUCCCCUAAGUUUUGAGAUGUUCGUUGGACAAAGAUCCCAUGUUAUUCAGCAAGCCAUCAGUCAAGCAGUUGGUGAUCUGCGUAUGAUACAUCCAAGAAUGAUGCAUCCAGUGUCCCUUGUUGAGAAUCAUCCACUGUGCCAGAAGAACGAAACCAGAGAAUAUAUCCUUCCAAAUGGACAAAGUUGGAGACCACAGUUAUUACUUCUAUGUUAUUCAUUGAAGAUUUUAGCAGAAGCAAGUUCUAUAGCCAAGCCUCUAGAUCCUUUUGAUCACAAGAAGCCUUUUGGGGGAGAUGACAUUGACUUGGAUAUUGACUUGGUGGAUUUAUCAGAUUCCGAUGAAGAAAAUGAGGAUGAAUAUGACCAGCUUCCACCAUUCAAGCCUUUGAAGAAAUCUCAAGUUGCCAAGCUCAGCAAAGAACAGAAGAAAGCUUAUUUGGAGGAGUACGAUUAUCGGGUGAAACUCCUUCAAAAGAAGCAGUGGAGAGAGGAGGUGAAAAGGAUGAAGGAGAUGAAGAAGAAAGGCAAAGAUGGCAGAAAUGAUUAUGAUGGCAUUAGAGAAGAUGUGGACCAGGAAGAUGUCAGUCCAGCGACUGUUCCGGUUGCUAUGCCUGACUUUAUCCUCCCACCUUCCUUUGAUAGUGACAAUCCUUCUUACAGGUAUCGAGCAUUGGAGCCCUCUUCUCAGUUUCUUGUGAGGCCAGUUCUGGACUCCCAUGGGUGGGAUCAUGAUUGUGGGUAUGAUGGAGUUAGCCUUGAAAGAAAUCUUGCUGUAGCUGGUCAGUUUCCAGGUGCAUUUGCAGCUCAAAUCACAAAAGAUAAGAAAGACUUUAAUAUCCACUUAGAUUCUUCAGUCUGUGCAAAGCAUGGAGAAAAUGGAUCAACCAUGGCAGGAUUCGACAUUCAGAAUGUUGGAAGGCAGCUUUCAUACAUCCUGAGAAGUGAGACCAAAUUCAAAAAUUUUAAGAUGAACAAAACAUCAGCUGGGAUAUCCAUUACUCUGCUGGGUGAAAAUGUAGCUACUGGACUCAAAAUUGAGGAUCAGAUUGCUGUUGCAAACCGCCUGGCUUUGGUGGGAGCUGCUGGUGCUGUAAGAUCUGGAGGCGAUACUGCAUAUGGAGCCAACUUUGAAGUGCAUCUCAAGAGCAAGGAUUUUCCUAUAGAGCAGGAUCAAUCCACAUUAGGUUUGUCCUUGAUGAAGUGGAGGGGUGAUUUGGGUCUGAUGGCCAACUUGCAGUCUCAGUUUUCCAUUGGUCGGAAUUCCAAAAUGGCCGUCCGGUUUGGAAUGAACAAUAAGCGAAGUGGGCAGGUCACCAUCAAGACAAGCAGCUCAGAAAUGCAAGUUGCCCUCAUCGCUAUUGUUCCAAUUGCAGCAUCCCUCUUGAGGAGUAUCUGUCAUGGUUUUGCUGCAAGCAACUCACAGACACUAGAUUACUAG